GUGCUAGCACGUGCGUUUAUUUUUAUUCUUUGCGGGGACCAACUCGCGCGCAGGACCGUAAAAGAGAAGAUAAUAUUUUUAUCUCAAAACAAAUAGAAUUCUGCAACAAAAAUGGAAUUUUUCUUUUCCUUAUUAAUAGUUUUAGGCCUGCUGUUCCUAUUUUCGGGUUACCCCGCGUCGUGUCUAGAGGAGUGUGACGUCAUCAAGCAAAGACGAUGUCGCCAGAACUUGGUGGAACAGCUCGACAAGCAGAGCAGUGCGCAGUCUACCCGCGAACUCGAAUUCCAGUGCAGGAAGCUCCGGCAGAACAUGAACUGCUUGGUGCUGCAAGUGACGCAAUGUCCCACGCCAAACCGCAGCGGUGACCUCAUCGAGAGAGCUUGGAAAUAUAUGCAAGACAACUGUGAUACCUUCGGAGGCUGGUGGAAUUACGAGUGUUUCAACUUGGAGCAAAUGCAAAAGUGCGAGAAAAUAUUUGCCUUACGUGACUCUGCGGCGUCCCAAGUAUCCUGCAGGGAAUACGAUCGUUUCCGCCAUUGCAUCAGUGACGUUGUCAAAAAGCAGUGCAACGCCGAAGACGUGCUAUCCAUGGGGAACUAUCUCCUGGACAGCUCCGGGGACAUGAUAUGGACUUGCCCACACCAGUCCAGUCUCUCCAAGUCGCCCAUCGUGGACGCUGGAUUCGUCGGAGUGGACAAACACGACACACUGUCCGACCAGCUCUUUUCAGACAAGCACGACAAAUCGCCCAUCGCGCUGGACCAGCAUCUGCGACCUCUGGUGGUGUCCCCUCUGGAAUUGAGUCUCACCAAGAAGAUAGGCCUGGGUGGGAAAAUUGGCGCCGAAGAAUCGCAUCUCAGUAGAGUCUACAGCUCUGCAGCGCUCGUAGGUGAUACGCCAUAUGCAACAGGUUGCAACGCUCGAGCUACCGAAGAGAUGAGAGGUUGUUUAGAUCGUCACCAAUACGAGCGAGAUCAAGCUCUGGGCGCUAGAGACGACGAAGAUAGACUAAGAAAAGAAUGCUGUGCCACGUGGAACUAUCGCCGCUGCCUUCAGAACGCCGUCCGAAUCCACUGCUACGACACUCGAGAAGUGGACAUCCAAGCGGCUUCUGAUGUCAUACCACAUGACAGAGGUUUCUUGUGUCGGAACCACUGGAUCUACACCUGCAACAGCGCCCACUCCACGGUCCACUUUUCCGCCGUUUUCGUGGCUCUCACAUUUUUCAUGACUUUGUAUACGAACAUAAUACUGACGACAAUUUAAUGCCAUAUAGUUUUAUCACCUAAUGAUUCGUGUUUGAUUUGUUUGUAGUUUGGGCAUAACCUAGAGAUAGGCAUGAAAUCACUCGAGAGGUACAUUCGAUGUGGUAGAUUAUUGGAUUAUGAGAUCACUCGAAAGAGUCACUCAAACAUCAGCAUUAAUCAACUAUCAAAAUAACUUGAUAGCCAACCACUCGAUUAUGCAGAUCUCUUAAUUAUGUCCAACACUACUUUGUGGUACUUGUGAAACUAGGACGAAGGAUACCACGAGUUUCAAGUUCAAGGCACACGGUUUAAUUUAUGGGAUUCUAAUGAAAUGCCAGUUUUUUUCUUGGUUGUUUGACAUUUGUGUUGAUAUAUGAUUGAUAAGGUAUACACCCGAAUAGUUUGAUCAUGCCCACCGUUUCAGUUCAAUAUAAGAAGAAACAUUAAUGUUUAAAUUAUUUAUACGGUUUUCAGUGGAUCAGAGUGCAUGAACUUGAGUAGAACUAUAAGAAUGAGUAUUGUUGACUAAAGCCUUUAAUUCCAUUUGCAUGUUUGUUGCAUGAUUUUAUGAACACUUUUCCUGGGUCCUUCAUUUCAUUAAGUAUAUUUGUUUGGUGCUAAUAUUGGUUAUUUUGUUUGGUCUACAGAUAAGUUUGCUGUUGGUUAAGCAGUUUACGUGUUAAGAUAAUUUUAUAAGGAUAAAAAUCAUUGAUGGCCUUGUUGCAAGAACCAGGUAAGUCCAGACUCACACAUUUUUGGUAAGACCAACAAAUAACAACAAUGGCCAAUAGAAACUCUAUUAUCUUUUCCAUGUUAUUUACUACAAAGCAGAAGUCUGAUCUUACAUUUGUGUCCCGUUGUUGCAUCAAUCGCAACAUCUAUAUUGUCCACACACAAAAAUGAAUUUAAAAAAAAAAAUUUUAAUGAAAAAUUAGUAGGACUUUUCUGGUUUUUGCACCAAAGCCCUCAUUGCACUGGAAAGGGGAAAUCUUCCGUACAAUGGCUAAGGUUAAAUUUGAUAGGAAUGUAUUUAAACCUUCUGUGUGAGUGCAGUUCAUUUCAAUAAAGAUUACCUAGCCUAAUAGUAGUUUUAAAGCCUUAACCAAUCGUUUGAGAGCUUUCAAAUUUAUUAAUUUCACUGGCAGUAAAACGUAGUCUUUUUUGCGAAAAUGACAAUU